AUGAGGCUCACGUGCUUCCUCGCUCUCACGUGUGCCGUUCUUGAACGCAGUCAUGCUAUCGCGGAGUCCGAAGUCGCGCUGACGUCGGAUAUCGCCCCUGUUUCCCGUAUUCUCCAGCCAAACGCUCAGUCCGCGGAAUACUCAAGUGAAAGGAAGUCGCUUCGAAGCCGUGAUUCGCCAGAGGAGGAAGCAACGGCAUUACUUGCCGUGGACGAGGAGCGAGUGCUGGAACCGGCUGGCCUUCUAGCACCACUUCUUGAUAAAGUGGCGAAUGUGAUGAAGAAGAUCUGGAGUAAGCCAUCCCAGUUUUUGCCUGUUCAGCUCAAGCUUGAUCAGCCUAAGCUUAGCCGGUCGAAUUUUGAUCAGCUCGAGCUUAAUCAGCUCAAGCUUGACCAGAUCAAGCUUGGUCAGCUCAAGCCUCCACAGCCUGUGCCCGGUCAGUUUGAGCUUCACGUGCCGCCACAUCAGAUAGGGAAAAGGACGUCGACAAUGCAACGAUCCGAGAGAGUGGCAGAUCUAGUCGCAUAUGGUCGAGGGAAAGCCAGGCCGUCGACAUUGCAACAAUCCGAGCGACUGACGGAUUCAGUUGCAUUUGGCCACAAGGCGGCCGGGCCGUCAGCAUUAAAAAAAUCCAAGAGAGCGGCAGAUCUGGUUGCACAUAGUCAAAAGAAGGCCACGACGCCGACAAUGAAACAUCCAAGAGAGUGGCAGAUCUAUCGCGUGCUACUGGAAUCGAGCGUUUCAUCGCGCGAUUUACGCAGUAAGGGAGCCAGAUUGGUGGACGUGGACGGUAGCAAACGGAUCCGAGCGAGGCUGUCUCUUCAUGUGACGCUGCGUGCAGCUUGGGCGUUGGGAAAGUGUGGGCCGGCGAUCAGACAGAAAGACGAGUGCUUGGAUUCUUUGAAAGCAGGGAUGCCUAUAGUGGAGCAGGACGAUGUACGACUGGACAAGAACAUGCAGCCGGCUGAUACUGCUGCGGACGAAGCACAUGGAUUGAAUGUGGUGGCGUCGCUGGCACUUUUGAUGUUGCUGGAGCGUCUAAAGCGGACGCACAUUGGAAAACACAGUCCAGUACAGUCUAUCGGCGAUAAAUUUGCCACGGAGGAGCAACAGUUUGAGCUUGUGGGGAAUGCACACUCGUACGCGGUCAUUGAUCUCCCGUUGGCAAAGUGA